UAGUUGCCCGUGCUCCAUUCUCCAUUGCACCCACCACCAAAUCUUCUCUCGUGGAGUCCAGCAAUGGAGCCCCUUCUCUCCGCGAUCAUGAGCGAUCUCCUGGGCAGAGCCCUGUCCGUGCUGAUACAGAGGUAUAGGCCGUCCAAGGCAGAAGAGACAGAGCACAAGCUCCAGCGGCUGCGGCGCGUGCUGCUCCGGGUCGAGGCCACGGUCGAGGAGGCUGAGGGGCGGCACAUCACCAACCAGGCGAUGCUCCGGCAGCUUGACAUGCUCAGGCAAGGCAUGUACGGCGGCCACUACGUACUAGAUACCUUCAGGUACAGAGGCCACGGCGAGGUGAGUGGUGGCCGCGACGUUGUCCUGUCCCGACGCAGUUCAGCCAAGCGUCUCCUCUCCUUCCCCGUCGGCAGCAGCAGCAGCAGCAAAGAGAACCUGCAGAACACCGUGCUUGACGCUGAAAACCUGAAGAACCUGGAGAAGAUGCUCGACGGCCUUGAGACGCUGAUGGGCGACAUGGUGGCGUUCGCCGUGUUCCUGGAGGGAUACCCUCGCAUCCCCCGGCAGCCGUACAGCGAGUACUUGGUGCUUGACAGGGUCAUGUUCGGCAGGCAGAUGGAGAAGGAGACGAUCAUCGAUUUCCUGCUCCAGCCAGAAGCUGCGGGCGAUGGAAAUCCAGGGGUGCUUCCGAUCGUUGGCGCGAGGAGGAUCGGCAAGAGCACGCUAGUUGAGCAUGUCUGCCUCGACAAGAGGGUGUGCGGUCACUUCUCCACGAUCGUCUUCUUCGGCGGAGACGAUCUUGGCGCUGAGAACAUGGCUGCUCUAGGACGAAGCGGUGUCACCAAGCAUCAGGAUCUUACCGCCUCCUCUUGUGGGAGGUCACUUGUGGUCAUUGAACUAGCCGGGGACAUGGAAAUGGAGGAGGAGACAUGGAGGAAUCUGUACUGCUCUGCAGCGAGAAGCAUGGGGCGCGGGGGCAAGAUCAUAAUCACAAGCCGGUCUGAGAAGAUAGCAGCUCUUGGCACAGCGCCAGCUCUCAGACUGAAGUUUCUUCACCAAGAAGCUUACUGGUACUUCUUCAAGACACUCGCCUUCGGGAGCACGAACCCUGAUGACCACCCGGAGCUCGCGUCUCUGGGAAUGGAGAUUGCAGCGCUGCUGGACGACGGCACGUUCCUGGGAACAAACAUAGUGGGGAGUCUGAUGAGAGACAACCUGAACGUUCAGUUCUGGCGCAGGGUGCUUCAGUGCCAGAGACAUUUCACAAGCAAGUAUCUUCUCACGUAUGGUAAGCAUCCGAAAGAGCUCUUGGAGAAAGGAUACCCUGUGUACGCUUGGAGCAUGGCAAGGAGUCAGAAUGUCGUUGUGAUCCACAACAUUUACCAGGAGCGUACUUCCGAGCAGGGUGUCCCCGAGCUAACAGCGCAUGAUAUCAUAGCAGGGCGUGCUACGCAUCAGGGGAAGUUCAGAGCAGUUGGGUGGAGGUCUAGAAUACCCCCUUACCACACCUACAUGUUCAGUUGUGAAUCACAAACGGCCGGAUGCUCCACGGUCAGAAAGAAGCGCCCUCGGGCCUCGGCAGAUGACGGUUUGAUAUGAAUUUGUUCGGGUAGUCUCGUACCAAUGUGUAAUACCUUUUAGCUGUAAAUAAAAUCCUUGUAAAGUUUGGACGUUGGAGUGGAGUAUUUGCUUACAGAAUAAAAAACUAGUCCAACUAGCAUUAAGGGAGAGA